GAUGCAGCGAGAGUUCAGUUUCAUAAGCGACACCCAGUCAAACCCCCCUUUGUAUUCGUAUCACGGCAGCUCCUUAUUCGCCUUACAAUAUAUCCAUGCCUAAGACCUGAUCCUACCCACAUCCACCGGAAUACCAAAAGACUGUGCCCCUCACGUCGACAAUACCCCAAAAACUUAGAUAAGAGACAGUGAAGAUACAUAUGUUCGUCAAAAUAUGGGAAAUAGGUAUGUUCUCCGCCUCUCGCUCCCUCUCUGCCUUACUCCAAUCUCUCUUGCCCUCCCACUUCCUAAGUAUGCCUAAUUUCCUAAGGCAGCUGCAACCCAACCCAGCCCAGCCCGACCUGAUCCACCCCCGAAAAGAACGCCGACGACGACGACGAAUCCCUCAGCCAGAAACCCGAAACAAACGCAUAAAAACAGUGUCGCUCAUUUCCACAGUCGAAAAGACCAAGAGAGAGCAACUAAGAAUGUAUACACAAAAACUCCUCGCUAUGCAGUUGUGGUACAAAAACCCCGGUUAUGAACUCAAAGCAAAAGGGAAAAAGCAAAAACGUAAGAAUCCCUGCAGACAAUGAAGCUGCAGGUUUACAUUUCUUGCUCUUUUUGUAACCGGGAUGGGGAUGGGAGGAGGUAUGGGCAGAAUAUCGAGCAGCGCACAUACAAAUAUGCGCGCGAACGCAUGUGUCCCGAAUAAGACUCGAAGUCCACCAAUGUUGAAUAAAUGGAUGUGAAAACAGGGGGUGGGAGGAGUGAACGCUUUUUCUCUGAUCAAAAGGAGGUGCGAGGAAACUCGUU